ACCCUAGCAAAUUGCAAUGGAAAAUAAAGAACUUUUAAUUCAAUUUUGGUUAUGAGUUAAAAUUCGAUCAUGGAAAUUGGUUCUAUGGGCUGUAUGAUGAGAGCCCAACUGAAACAUCCGCUGUUUGAACUCUUUAAUAAUGGGCCGGGCCGCAGCUCUUUACUCAUAUGAUUCAAUUUAAAAGAAAAGGAAAAUAUAAGUUAUAUUAUACAGUGGUGUGUAGCAACAAGCUGCACGAGGAAAAAAAGGGGAGCGAUGGCUCAAGUGGGACGGCUUCUUGUAAGGCAAUGGCCGAUGCUGCAGCAGCAUUCCUCUACCUUCCAUCAUCUUCUCUACUCGCCUUUACUUCCAGUAACCACCAAAACUGGUUCCCAUCGUUUCUCUUUGACGAAAGUGCACUUGGCUACUCGCGGCGUCCAUAAAUUGUUACGCGGACUCAGACCCUCCGACUACCAAGAUGCUAACAUCGGCAGUUCCGGUUCGGGUUCGGAUUCGGAUUCGGUUACAUAUAAGAGCCGCAACGAGUUGAAGCGCCACGCCCGCCGUGCGGUCCGCUGGGCUAUGGACCUCUCCUCCUUCUCCACCCCUCAAAUCAAACGCAUUCUCAGAGUGGCUUCUCUGGACCAAGACGUUUUGGAUGCUCUGAUUCUAGUGAAGAAAUUUGGACCUGAUGUCCGAGAAGGGAAGCGAAGGCAGUUCAAUUAUAUUGGAAAAAUGCUGCGAGACGUGGAGCCGGAAUUGAUGGAUGCUUUAAUUCAGGCUACAAAAGACAGUGACGAAAGUAAGCUGCAAGCUUUAUCUGGUCCAGAGACGUUGAGCAUUGAUGAUAAUGAGGAGGAAGAAGAAGCGGAAGAAACUGAUUUUGAGGAGGAAGAAGAUGGUUCUCACAUUGAUGUAGCUACCAGAUGGUUUGACGGUCUGAUCAAUAAGGACGUUCAGAUCACCAAUGCAGUAUAUUCAAUUUCGAAUGUUGAGUUUGACCGCCAGGAAUUGCGAAAACUUGUCCGUCGAGUGCAUUCAGGUUUGGAAGACAAACUCAAUUCAGAGGAGAAUGGGGGAGCGAAAGAUGCAGCGAGAGGGAGUGCUGAAAAGUCACUCACCAGGUUCCUUCGUUCCCUUGCUAAAAGUAGCCUAGUGAUUGAUAUGUGAUGUUUUAAUUUCUAUCAUUUUUUGGGGUGCAAUUACGUUAUAUUUAUUGAAGAAUGAAGUUUUUUGUUUUCUUGG